AUGUCGGAAUCUCCUCAGAUGGAGACCACCGAUAUAGAGACCGGUCAAAAGACGGUCGAUUACACCACAGAACAUGCAGAGGGGAAGACAGCAGAUAAUGGCAUUGUUGUCAAAUCAGCUCCCUUGGCCCGCGAUCUGAAGAAUCGCCAUAUGCAGAUGAUUGCGAUUGGUGGCUCCAUUGGAGCUGGCCUCUUCGUUGGCUCAGGGAGUGCUUUACAUACCGGUGGGCCAGGGAGCGUGGUACUUGGAUAUAUCAUUAUCGGCUCCAUGCUUUUGUGCACUGUUCAAGCCCUAGGAGAACUUGCUGUUCUGUUUCCCGUUAAUGGGGCCUUCUUCACCUAUAUUGCUCGUUUUGUUGACCCAGCCUAUGGGUUUGCUGUUGGCUGGGACUAUGCAAUUGGCUGGCUAACCGUUCUGCCUUUCGAACUUGUUGCUGCCGGUAUCACUAUUCAGUUUUGGAGGGACGAUAUCAAUAUCGGCGUAUGGGUUGGAGUGUUCUUAGUGCUCCUUUGCUUAAUCCAAAUAUUUGGUGUACGCGGUUAUGGGGAAGUCGAGUUUGUCCUCAGUAUACUUAAAGUUCUAGGAACCAUAGGCUUUAUCAUCUUCGGAAUCAUAGUUGACUGUGGCGGCGCUGGCAACCAGGGCUAUAUUGGUGCAAAAUACUGGCAUGACCCAGGUGCUUUUGCCAAUGGCUUUCAAGGUUUCUGCUCCGUGUUUGUCGUCGCACCAUUUGGUUUUGGCGGCGCAGAACUUGUAGGGUUGGCAGCUGCUGAGGCUCAAAACCCCCUAAAGUCAAUUCCAACGGCUACGAAGCAAGUCUUCUGGCGUCUCGCCAUCUUCUACAUACUCUCGCUUUUUAUCCUAGGGCUGAUCGUUCCUUACGACAACCCAAACCUGUUGAACUCAUCCGGCGCCAAUUCGAAAUACUCUCCAUUCGUCAUUGCUAUCCGACUGGCAGGCGUCAAGGCCCUUCCUUCCAUCUUUAACGUCAUCAUCACAAUCUCCGUCAUAAGCGUAGCCAACUCGUGCACAUUUGGAUCGACCCGAACUAUGCAAGCCCUUGCGGAACGAGGGAUGGCACCAGGUUUUCUGGCACAUGUAGAUUCCAAGGGUCGACCCAUCUGGGGUAUUGUCCUCCAGCUCGGUUUCGGUCUCCUAGCUUUCAUCGGCGAGUCAGACCGACAGGACCUAGCGUUCAAUUGGCUGUUGUCAUUGACUGGCCUAUCCUUCCUCUUCAUCUGGGGCGCCAUCUGCCUUGCCCAUAUCCGAUUUCGACGCGCUUGGAAAGUGCAAGGCCAUUCCAAGUCUGAGUUGCCUUACCAAGCUAUGUUCGGCGUUGGUGGGAGUUACUAUGCAUUUAUACUCAACAUUCUCUGCCUGAUUGCCACAUUUUAUAUUGCUCUUUACCCCAUUGGCAAAAGCCCAAAUCCCGAGGCAUUCUUCUCGUACUACCUGGCACUGCCAAUCGUCAUCGUCCUCUAUCUCGGAUGGAAGAUAUAUAGUGGAGAUUGGACGCUUUAUAUCCGCGCGAAGGAUAUGGAUAUCACUUCGGGGAGACGCUCAUUGGACUUUGACCCCAAUGAUAUCCCCAAGAAAACUUGGAAAAAUAUGCCACUAAGAGUGUUCCAUGCUCUGUUUUAG